AUUUUUAAUCAUUUCUAGCUUAUAUAUAUUUCCCUCUAAAGCCCAAGAAGAAUGCAACCAAUCAAAAUACUACUUUCUUGUUUCUAAGUUCUAAGGCCAUGGCUUCUGGAGCAGGCAAAUCAACAGCAUUUAUCCUCCUAAUUCUCAAUCUCUUCCUGUACUUCAUUGUUACUGUGAUUGCUGCAUGGGCUGUAAAUCAUGGGAUUCAACGUGCUCGUGAAUCAGCAUCUGUUUUGUCGGUCCCUGCUCGGAUAUUUCCCAUUUAUUUUCCAUUUGGCAACAUGGCCACUGGUUUUUUCGUCAUCUUCUCACUUAUAGCUGGUGUUGUGGGCUUCAUCACCUCAGUUACUGGUAUCACUAAUGUGAUCCAAUGGAAUCUUUCUAACUUACAUGCAGCUGCUGCGUCUUCUCUUCUCACUUGGUCACUCACACUACUUGCCAUGGGAUUGGCAUGCAAAGAGAUUAAUAUAGGUUGGACAGAUUCAAAAUUGUUAUUUUGCACGGCUGCUAUUCAUCUUGGUGUUGAAGACGCCGUCGUGCGGCGAAAGAUCAGUGGAGGAAGAUUUUAAUUUCUAUUCAUAAUCUCCCUUAUUUGAUGUACAUAAAACAUAUAUCAGUUACAAACUUAUUGGUUACUGCGAUGACACAAAUACAUAUCAUGUAGGUGGGUUGCCAUUUAUUUUUGUGCUAUGUAUGUGUGUGUGUGUGUGUGUAAACUGGUUUCCAGAGAUUGUAAAGGUGCUUUGAAGAAGAAUUGGAUUGUUGGAAGAUGGGAUGUUCUUGUUUGUGUGAGCUUGAGAGAUUGAAGCAAUGUUUGCUGUCUUCUUCUACCUUGUAGGGGCAGUUUGGUUCACUGGAUUAAGAUUUAGUGCUAUAGGAUUUGGUAAAGUAAAUUCAUG